AUGGCCAUCACUGGUGUUGGUAAUCAUAUACACUGUACAGAGGCAACUAAAGUGGAAAUAGAUAAGGAAUAUGAGGGGUCGGGCUUAUAUGAAUUUGGAGAGCGAGGGACGUUGGGGGCGGGAGAGUCUGGACAAGGAGGAAUACGAACGUAUUUGCUGAAGCAAUCGGUUGAGGAGGACCUCGCCCAGUAUAAGUCUGGCACGUUGGAUGUAACGUUGAUGAGUGGAUUGGCAGGGGGCUACGGUGGAGGAGGGUCGGCAGCGGAUGCUGUUGCCGAGUUUGAAUAUCAAGUAAAGGAGUUGGAGUACCGUAUAAAGGUUAUGAAGGGCUCGAGUGAAGAGACGCAUAUGUUGGAGACGGAGUUGAAGACUAAGGGGAAAGUGUGUCCAUCUGCUUUGCUCUCUAUCGCCGAGCCUAUUGAGUGUCUGUUGGAGUCGCUGUCAUCAACAGUUGGAGAGCACGUACCACCGGUGUGUGAUCAGCUGCAGAGUUUGGGGAGCGAGAUGUCCAGUGCAUGUGCGGUUAUAGACGCGGCGAACUCAUCGCUGAGAAUCUGCAAUAAAGUGGCCCAGCGAGCUAAUGUUAUGAUCGAUUCGGUUGGUGGGCAAAAUAUGGCGUUGACUGCUGAGCAGGGAGAGUCUAUGGCAGCCAUUUUGGAGGAUGUCAUUCAAGCGGUGAAUAUCGCCUCAGGAGAAAUACCCGAGGGAGAAGGUAAGGGAAAUCUUGCUAUCUUGCAUUUCCUCAACGCCGUGUAA